AUGAUUUCCAUCGCGACGACGAGUUUCGCCCCGGCGACGCGAAAGGUGUCCCGAUCGGUGAAGGUGCAGGCGAAGAAGGGCAGCGACGUGGCGCAACCCAAGCUGAAGGCGGAACAACCGGAGUUCUAUGAAGAAGCGAAGGUGUUCUGCAACGGGGAGGAAGUCAUGACGGUUGGCGGCACGCAAAAGGAGUAUAUCGUGGACAUCUGGAGCGGCAACCACCCGUUCUUCCUCGGUAAGAACACGCAAAUGAUUACGAACGACGGCCAAGUGAGCCGCUUCGGUAAGAAGUUCGGUGACUUGGGUACGUUGACACAGACGGAGCAAUAA